GAUGAAUUCAGAAAGAGAUUCGGAAAGUACCUUCGAUGAGGACUGCCCACCCAACGAUGAAGAGGUGCCAUAUAGUGAUGAUGAGACAGAAGAUGAACUGGAUGUUCAGCCUUCUGUUGAACCAGAGCAAAACCGCAUUAACAGAGAAGUGGAAGCAACUCGAGACACCCUUAGAAAAGAUUGCAGUUGGCAAGUUAAAGCAAAUGACAGAGCCUUCUAUGAACAGCCCCAGUUUAUGCAAACAACGUUUAUGUGCUUUCAGAAAAGUAAAUACGCAGGGAAUGCAAUUAAAACCUACAAGUAUAAUCCAAUCACCUUCUUGCCACUGAAUUUAUUUGAACAGUUUAAAAGGGCAGCCAACUUUUAUUUCCUGAUUCUACUUAUUUUACAGUCAAUUCCUCAGAUAACUACCCUCUCAUGGUAUACAACUCUGAUCCCGUUACUCUUAGUUCUGGGCAUCACUGCAAUUAAAGAUCUAGUGGAUGACAUUGCUCGACAUCGGAUGGACAAUGAAAUUAAUAACCGCAUGUGUGAUGUAAUCAGAGAGAAAAGGUUCAGAAAUACAAAAUGGAAAGACAUUCGAGUUGGUGACGUCAUCCGUCUAGGAAAAAAUGCCUUUGUUCCUGCUGAUAUCCUGUUGCUGUCCAGUUCAGAACCUAACAGCCUUUGUUAUGUAGAGACAUCUGAAUUAGAUGGUGAAACCAACUUAAAGUUCAAAAUGUCACUGGAGGUAACGGACAGAUACCUCCAAGAAGAAAAUGCAUUGGCAGCAUUUGAUGGCUUGGUAGAAUGUGAGGAACCCAACAACCGGCUAGAUAAAUUCACAGGAACCUUGAUAUGGAGGGGAAGGAGCUAUGCUCUCGACGGCGACAAAAUCUUGUUACGUGGCUGUAAAAUUCGGAACACAGAUGUGUGUCACGGACUCGUCAUAUUUGCAGGAGCAGACACAAAAAUAAUGAAAAACAGUGGGAAAACACGGUUUAAAAGGACGAAAAUUGACUCCCUUAUGAAUUACAUGGUUUAUACGAUCUUUGUUUUGCUCAUCUUGGUAUCUGCUGGUCUGGCUAUCGGACACACUUACUGGGAGCAACAGAUUGGCAAUUCUUCUUGGUACCUCUAUGAUGGACAAGAUUAUUCCCCUUCGUAUCGUGGCUUCCUUAACUUUUGGGGCUACAUCAUUGUUCUUAACACUAUGGUUCCCAUAUCCCUCUAUGUGAGUGUUGAAGUGAUCCGUUUGGGCCAAAGCUACUUCAUCAACUGGGACUUGCAAAUGUAUUAUCCAGAGAGGGAUACAGCUGCUAAAGCCAGAACCACUACUUUGAAUGAACAGCUUGGGCAGAUCCACUACAUUUUUUCAGACAAGACGGGGACCCUGACGCAGAACAUCAUGACAUUCAAAAAAUGUUGCAUAAAUGGACAAACCUAUGGAGAGAACAGAGAUAAAACAGGGCAAGAACAUUAUCGUCCUGAGCAAGUUGACUUCAGCUGGAAUAUGUAUGCAGAUGGGAAGCUCAGCUUUUGUGAUCAGUAUCUGAUUGAGCAAAUUAGGUCUGGGAAGGAACCUGAAAUUCAACAGUUUUUCUUCCUGCUUGCAGUUUGCCACACAGUGAUGGUGGAUGGUAGUGAAGGUGAACUCAGCUAUCAUGCAGCCUCCCCUGAUGAGGGCGCAUUGGUAACUGCUGCCAGAAACUUCGGUUUUGCUUUUCUUUCACGGACGCAAGAUACUAUUACAAUAAGUGAAAUGGGAACUGCAAGAACAUACGAAGUUCUCGCCAUUUUGGAUUUCAACAGCGACAGAAAACGGAUGUCUGUUAUCACAAGAGACUCAAAUGGAGCAAUCAAGCUUUAUUGUAAAGGGGCUGAUACUGUGAUUUUUGAACGGUUGCAUCCUAGGAAUCCUAAAAAGGAGGCUACAGAGGAAGCGCUGAAUAUCUUUGCAAAUGAAACCCUUAGAACAUUAUGCCUUGCCUACAAGGACAUUAGCAAUGAGGAGUAUGAAGCAUGGAAUAAAAAAUUCAUGGCUGCUAGUCUUGUCUCAAGCCAACGUGAAGAAGCUUUGGACAAAGUGUAUGAAGAAAUUGAACAAAAUCUAAUUCUUUUGGGCGCCACAGCAAUUGAAGACAAGCUACAGGAUGGGGUUCCAGAAACCAUAUCCAAACUGGCAAAGGCAGAUAUUAAGAUCUGGGUGUUGACAGGCGACAAAAAAGAAACUGCUGAAAAUAUCGGGUUUUCUUGUGAACUCUUAACAGACGAAACUACUGUCUGCUAUGGAGAAGACAUCAGUGCUCUUCUGCAAAUGAGGAUGGAAAACCAGAAGAACAGAAGUGGACUUAACAUAAAUUCAUCCCAAGGAGCCAAUGAACCCUUUUUUGAGCCAGAUAGAAACCGUGCCCUAAUCAUCACUGGCUCAUGGCUGAAUGAAAUUCUCUUGGAGAAGAAAAAGAAGAAAAAGAAACUCCUGAAACUGAAGUUUCCAAAAACAAUAGAAGAAAAACAAAAACAGAUGGAGAGUAAAAGAAGAGCAGACCUAAACAAGGAGCAGCAGCAGCGGAACUUUGUUGACUUAGCGUGUGAAUGCAGCGCCGUGAUUUGCUGUCGAGUAACACCCAAACAGAAAGCCAUGGUGGUUGAGCUGGUGAAAAAAUACAAGAAGGCCAUAACCUUGGCCAUUGGAGAUGGUGCCAAUGAUGUAAAUAUGAUUAAAACUGCUCACAUUGGUGUUGGAAUAAGUGGACAUGAAGGGAUGCAAGCAGUCAUGUCUAGUGACUAUUCUUUUGGCCAGUUCAGAUUCCUCCAAAGGUUGUUGCUUGUCCAUGGCCGAUGGUCGUACAUAAGGAUGUGCAAGUUCCUUCGGUACUUCUUCUACAAAAACUUUGCAUUUACAUUAGUUCACUUUUGGUACUCCUUCUUCAAUGGCUACUCUGCUCAGACAGCUUAUGAAGAUUGGUUCAUCACACUCUUCAAUGUAUUAUAUUCCAGCCUUCCAGUUCUUCUUGUUGGGUUGCUUGACCAGGAUGUGAGUGACAAGCUGAGCAUACGGUUUCCUGCCUUGUAUCUAUCGGGACAGAAAGACUUGCUUUUUAACUACAAGAAGUUCUUCAUAAGCCUCCUGCAUGGUGUUAUAACAUCACUGGUUAUUUUCUUCGUACCAUACGGUGCUUAUCUACAAACCAUGGGGCAAGAUGGAGAAGCACCCUCAGAUUACCAGUCCUUUGCUGUCACAGCAGCCUCGUCUCUCAUAAUUGCAGUAAAUUUUCAGAUGGGUCUGGAUACAUCUUACUGGACCUUUGUUAACGCGUUCUCAAUAUUUGGGAGUAUUGCACUUUACUUUGGUAUUAUGUUUGAUCUACACAGUUCUGGGAUACAUGUCCUUUUUCCUUCUGCCUUUCAAUUUACAGGUACUGCUCCAAACGCACUUCGGCAGCCUUAUAUCUGGUUGACGAUAAUAUUAUCGGUGGCGUUUUGCUUGCUCCCUGUGGUCGCACUCCGUUUCUUGACUAUGACUAUUUGUCCUUCAAAAAGUGAUAAGAUUCAGAAGAAUCGUAAGAAGUAUAAGGCUGAAGAAGAAAAGUGGAAGCGAAGGCAAAGUGUCUUCCGUCGUGGGGUAUCAACCCGUCGUUCUGCUUAUGCCUUCUCUCAUCAGCGAGGAUAUGCUGACUUGAUUGCUUCUGGUCGGAUCAUUCGCAAGAGACGAGCUUCGUUAAGUGCAGUACUUGGCAACAAUUUGGCAGAAGUCAGAAAAGCUGAAGGAGCCAGCUGAUGACUUCCUGUGUGUCCUACAGGAAGUGGGAUUUUUUUAAAAAAAAUCAGUUGCACAAAGUUUUUAUUUUUUUAUGAAAGACUCAGGAAUCCUUUUU